AUGCUAUCGCCGAGUAGAGAAAAGGUCGCGGUCACAGUUCUGUCAUGCUCGUAUCUUUCCAUAGCUUUCGAACAAAAGAAACUAGACGCUAACUUCAUAGCAGUCACACGAUCCCUGCCAAAUUAUGACCUCAUCUCAUUCGUUCCAUUGUCAUUUCCAGAGAGUGACUUGACUGAGAUGACCUAUGGACGACAGCUGAACUCACGGCCUACAAGCGCUAAGAAGUUGCCUGCUCCAACUUUGAAGCAGUCAGGUCAACAAGGAUAUCGUCGGAUAGAAACGACACGAACGUCGGUGCAGUGGGGAGAACAUCCCAGAAUAGCAGAACAGGAAAAUGCCACAAAACCACAAUAUCUUGAUGUGAAGGAGCUGAAUUCAGAAAAAUUUUGGAAAACGAAGCUCGGUGCAGUUGCAAUGAAGCUAAGUGCUGCAAGACAUCGUAAUGUUCAUUUGGAGGAAGAGAACAUUGCGGCGCAAGGCAAAAAGCAGGUCGUAAACACGCCUCGGCGAGCUCUUGGUGACAGGAAAAAUGUGAUAACACCCGCAGGAAGUUCUCUGAAAUCUGCUAACACCAUCCAGAAGCCUACUCUUCAUAUUGUCGAUACCAAUGUUGAAAACUCUACCAAACAAAGCUUCAGUUCCCAUAAGUACACGCCUUCUCAACAACCCUUGCCUGCACUUAAAUUGGAUGCUAGUGAAGAAGAAUAUGUAGAGCACUGCACUCUUGAAGAGGACAAAUCUUUUUCCGAAAACCUUCAUCACCAGAACAGUGUUGUCCUCAAAGAAUCAGAGAAUGAUAUGGAAUACUGGGAGAAGCUCUUAUCGACAAACGACCUUUCCGAUGUAUCAGAGGAAGAUGAAAUAGAGAUGUGUGGUCAGGAAGAUGACCCUGAAGACUACACUGACAUUUUAAAUCCUGUCGGAGGUGAUGCGUUAUUGACGGAGGAAGGUCCGAAUUUUGUCUAUGAAAAACCUGAGAGCGAAGAUGUUGAAGGCUUGAGAAGGUAUACUCUUGAAGAGAUGGAAGAGUUGUUUGACACUUUUAGCGAUGUCAUCAUUGUUUAA